UGUUUUGCAGAGUGCAAGACUGAAUGAGGAAGUAACGUGAAAACUCUAAAUAACAUGUUUGCUAUGCGGGAUCCUUAGGACGUCCCUACCCCAUUGAAGUUGAUAUUUCAACUGGUUACGGUAAGGGUUAGUGUGGGAGUUAAGGUUUAGUGUUUAUGGGCGUCCCGAGGAUACCGGAUUGCACUGACUAUAUAUUUCUGCCAGGAAGAGAGACGAAAUCAAUGCGGAAGAUAAAAGCGUGUGUCUUUGGUUAACACUGUCGACGAGAUGUGAGCUAAGGAAAGGGGUUCCCCAAAACACCAGUCAGCAAAUUGGACCGCCUGAAACGUCUCGCUUUUAUCGGACACCUAAACAGAUGAAAACCUAUUGCAGUAUUGCACAAUAUUUCAUAUACUGAGACUUGGACUCAAAAAUAGUCGGCCUACUGUAUUGAGAUGGCCACGUUUGAUUGAGUGCGGUUAAAUUCAAUCGUAGCGCCGUACAAUUUUGAUAACACCGCGUCGGUUGUGAACACUCGCUCACGUUCAUCAGUCGAAUGCCGAAGGAGAGAGAGAAGAGGCGAAAGUCCUCCAAGGAGGCAGGGCUGUCUGGCGCUGGUAUUAGUGAUGGGUUCGUUAAAGAGCGCAGAACAAGCCGCAGAGCAUCUGAGCUUCGCGAUGAACUCUGCCAGGUGAAAGAAGUAAGAUUAUCUGAGUUUAACUCCACUCAAGUGCAAACAAGUAUGAUGGAGGCGCUCCGUGUACCGCAGGUGACAAUAACCCCAGAUGGAGGCUGCUCGCGGGAGAUCCAGCAGGAGGACUGGGCUGAUGUGGAAGGCUCUCUGCGACGGAAAAUGUCAAACUCCUCGAUCUCCUCAACAGGUUCCUCCAUCAUGUUGGAAGAGUCAGAGGAUGACAUUCUGAGUGACAACGAGACAAAGAGCAAGGGAAAUAUCACUUUAGAACAUUUGUGUGAGGACACGAGUGAACAGAGCAAACCCUGGUGGAAGAUAAAGACUAUCGUCAACUGGCCUUUUGUUUCCCCACAAAGAAGAAACCUGUCUUGGGUUCAACUAGCGGGACACAAAGGUAAUUUCAAAGCUGGCGGCGAAGGCACCAUUCUGAAGAAGUUCUCUGAGAAUGAGAAGCUGUGUUUUGAGAGGCUGCAGGGAGAUGUGCUUCAGGACUUUGUACCAGGAUAUUAUGGUGUGGUGGAGAGGGAUGGGGAUCCCUUCCUACAUAUGACUGAUCUACUAGUCAACUUUGAUAGACCCAGUGUCAUGGACUGCAAGAUGGGAGUGAGGACGUAUCUGGAGGAGGAGCUGGUGCGAGCCCGAGAACGGCCUAAGCUCCGUAGGGACCUGUUUGACAAGAUGCUGGAGGUGGACAGCGAGGCCCCCAGCCCCCAGGAGCACCUCCAGAGGGCCGUCACCAAACCCCGCUACAUGCAGUGGAGAGAGACCCUCAGCUCCACACACACACUGGGCUUCCGCAUCGAAGGCAUCAAAAAAGCUGACGGGACGUGUCAUACGGAUUUCAAGAAGACCCGGUCUAAGGAGGAUAUCACUCAGAUCUUCAGGGACUUUGCCACAAACAACACAAACAUACUAAAUUCCUACCUGAGUAAACUAGCAAAAAUUCAACAAGCCCUGAUGUCAUCUGAGUUCUUCAAGAGACACGAGGUGAUUGGGAGCUCCCUCCUCUUCAUUCAUGACCACACUGAGCGAGCUGAGGUUUGGCUCAUUGACUUCGGCAAGACUACAGCUUUACCAGAGGGACAGACUCUGGACCACUCCAUACCCUGGCAGGAGGGCAACCGAGAGGACGGAUACAUGUGGGGACUGGACAACCUGAUGAGGACACUGGGCUCUUUGACUAACAAAGGAACUAGUGAAGGAAGUAAUGAGUGCCUUUAAGCUAUGGCCACCUGGGAGGGAUGGACUACCCCAUUCCAGUAGUUAGAGGACCCUGGCAGUAAUAUACAGUCUCAAGGGUCCCCUCAAUCACAAAGUAUACAUACUGUGCAAAUCAAACUUACAGCUUACCUAUGUACUGUAUUCAGCACCACAAAUUGUAUCUCAGCGUAUUGUUGAAGCUAUUGUAGCAUGGAGAUAAGGGAUUGCGUUUUUUAAAGUAUGUCUGUGCCUUGUGAACAAACUAUACAUUUUAGGGGAAUUUUAAUGAAUGCAAAUUGAUAAACAGACACAAACCUGUGAUUGUAGUGCAUGUAUAUUCUAGAAAGCCAUACAAUACUAUCGAUGUAAGGGACAGUAUUGCAUCGAUAUCCAACCCAUUCCAUAUUCCAAGGUGUCAUUAGAUUUGAUUGAUUUCAGUUUUUGAUAAUCAAGCAUGUUCUAUUUUAUUUUUUCAAACUUUAUUGAAGACAUUAGGCAUACUGUAUUCUAAUACAAUUACAUACACCAGUGCGUCUUUAGGAUCAUCUCAUUAUCAUGACGAAGGAUGAAUGAAAAAUGAAUCACGCAAGUAUUGUAGCAAGUAUUACAUUAUGACAGUCCAUGAGACUAACCUCAGUAAAACACUAUUGCCUUGUC